AUGGCUCACAGCACUGCGACUCUCGAGGUGGAAGAUAACGACAUAAUCAACGAUCAGAACCAACCAGCCAGCGAUGAGCACAGCAAACUGCGUCGUGUACCCGAUCGCAUCCCAUGGGUGGUUCUCCUCAUCCUCAUUGUCGAGCUAGGCGAACGCUUCACCUAUUUCGGACUGAGCGCCCCGAUCCAGAAUUACAUCAAGAACCCACACGACCCUGGAUCCGAUCUGCCGGGUGCGCUAGGCAAAGGCCAGGCUGUAGCGACCGCAUUGGGCAACUUCUUCAAAUUCUGGGCCUAUGCUUCUACAGUCAUCGGUGCCAUCAUUGCAGACCAAUACCUUGGCAGAUUCAAGACUAUCGUCGUAGCAUGCGCUGUGUACAUCGUUGGUCUUUUGAUCCUGGUCACAACCGCAACUCCGGCAGGUAUCCAUUCGGGUGCAGGAUUUGGAGGUCUGAUCGCUGCCAUGGUAGUCAUUGGCCUAGGCACUGGAAGCAUCAAGGCCAAUGUCACUCCAAUGUGUGCUGAACAGUAUCGACUUGACACGGCUUACACAAAGCAGCUCAAGUCCGGCGAAUGGGUCGUCGUGGAUCCUGAGCUGACUGUAGAGCGCAUGUUUAACUGGUUUUACUGGGCAGUCAACGUUGGCGCACUCUCGCCAUUGAUCACUGUCAACAUUGAAGCACAAGUUUCCUUCUGGGCUGCGUACCUGAUCCCUUUGGUUGUCAUUGCCAUCGCCGCAACCGUGUUUAUUCUGGGUAGCAAGCGCUUUGUGAAGACGCCUCCUCACGGUUCAGCAGUCAUCGAUGCUGUCAAAAUAGUGACUAUCGCAAUGAAAGAGGGAGGCUUCGACAACGCACGACCAAGUGCUCUGCAGGCCCGAGGAGCGCUUGAACGCCACCACUUUGCUCAGUCGCCCAACUUCACUGACAAAUCCGUCAAGGAUGUACAGUCCGGCAUCACCGCUUGCAAGUUUUUCCUCUUCUUGCCCCUAUACUUCGUCUGCUGGAUCCAGAUCUGGAACAACCUCAUCUCACAAGCAGGAGCCAUGGCGCUGCACGGCACCCCAAACGAUCUAUUGCAGAACCUCGACCCAAUUGCUUUGAUCAUCUUCAUUCCUCUUCUUGAUUUCGUGGUCUACCCAUUGCUUCGCAAGUACAAGAUCAACUUCAGCCCAGUCCUGAAGAUGACUGCUGGUUUUAUCAUGGCUUCAAUCUCAAUGGUGUACGCAGCUGUGCUUCAGCAUUACAUAUACAACUCGCCUCCCAACAGCAUUCAUGUUUGGAUCCAGGCUCCAGCGUACAUACUGGUUGCGUUCUCGGAAGCAUUUGUGAUCAUCACUGGCUUGGAGCUGGCAUACACCAAGGCACCGACGAGUCUACGGUCCCUGGUCUCGGCCUUGUUCUGGCUUACAAUCGGCAUUGCAGCUGCGAUAUGUAUUGCGCUUGCGCCUGUUUCUCAAGAUCCGUACCUUGUCUGGAUGUAUGCUUCUCUCGGUAUCGUCGGGUUUGUCGCCGGUUGUGGACUCUAUCUUUGCUUCAGGAAAUCGUUCGACGAUGUGCCAGUCAUCGCAGGGCAAGAAGCAGCGAACAUGGAGCUUGAUGUGGCAGGUGUGGCUGAGCAUGGAGGCAAGCUUGCCGUCGAGGAAGGGAGGUGGCGAAAUUGA